CUAUACUACGGUAGCCUAGGGGGCCGGCAGGCAGGCAGCGCUGCACAGCGCACCCUUACUAGCACAAGUACGAUUAGGUACGUACCUACCGGUACGAUGGUUCAAGAUCCCAAAGUUCGCGAUAGUGACCGGAGAUUCGCAGUCACGUUUCUGUGGUGCGUUGCAGGUUAUUAUCAAUCACGUUUGGGCAGGAAUAUUUUUAUCUUUGUGACCCAAAACUUUCCGUCGAUGAAAACGCACCGCAUUUGCGAACACCGCCUGCUAUGCUCGUGUUGUGUUUGAUGGGGAUGAAGUUUUCGUGACUCAUUUUCGUGAUUGAUUCCUCCAAUCAGAAAUCAUUCACUCGUUACGUCCAUCGUUCAUCGUUCAUCGUUCAACGGACGGUAUGUACUAUGUACUUUAACUCGUACCUACAAGCCAUACGUACCAAUCAACAGGGGUCUAUAUUAUGACCCCUGCCAAUUACAGUAAAUGGUACGAGUACUCGUACAGUCUCGUACCGGUACGAGUACGUACCGGUACGUACGUUGAACCCUUGAAAUGAAGGAUGGAUGGAAGGAAUCAUGUUCACGCAAAAUCCUUUCUCCGUUUUCUUGGGUAAUCGUGGAAUGGCAACGGCCCCGUUCUUUUCCAUUCCCGUCGUCGUUGGGUAGCAGGCAGGCACGCCGUUGCGCGUCAUCGAUGAGAGUUCAUGGAACGAGUACGUACUGUACUGUAUCAUGGUGCGGUGCGCAGUAGAUUGGAUCGGUUGACGCUGAAGUUCUGAAGGCUCUUCUUCGUAUCACAGUUGGAAUUGCGGAUCGGAUCCUUCCUACGUACGGUACUCGUACUAUAGCGCCGUACCGUAUCACCUACCGAACGGCGAUGCCCGAAAUUCCGAGAAAGGCCGACGGAAGAUGUCGACGCAAACCCAUAGGCUUCGGGCCAUUUUGUUGUUGAAGUUGGCAACACAUCCACUGUUCAUCAAAAGAAUGAGGGCGUGGGGAUGGAUGGGCAUAGCAGUGCUGGUAUUCCUAAGCGGAGUGAAGGGGUAGGAAUGAGGCCCCGAACAAUUUGGCGAGCAGAGGAAAGAUAGAGAGAAAUUCUGCUCGGCAAGCACAAAAGGCAACCGCCAACGCAAACAUGCACAAUUCGACACAAGCUCCAUUCGGACCCACUCACUCACCUUUGCGAACGAUUCAAGAUACUGUAGAGAGUAUUUCGGUAUUUCCUUCGAGUCAAUCAGUGCUGCACAUUGCACACCAUCGCCUGCCUCACUCUGCCAAUCUGGUUCGACAAGCUUUCGCUCUUGCACCACACCAUGAUGGAAGUAGUCCAUUCCCGCGCUGUUCAGGGCCCGAGUCUUGGUGGCAACAGACGCGGCAUCGAGAGCGACGAACCCCAGCUUCACAAGAUCAAGGCAUCGCCCCCUUCCGGUCGCUCGAAAGACAAGCCAAAAGACAAGCACAAGACCAAGACCAAACCGAAAGCGAAAGCGAAAGCGAAAAAGACAACGACAACGACAACGACAACGACAACGACGUCAUCCAAGCAGGAAAAGAAGAAACACAAAGCCAAGGACAAGGCCCGCAAGACCGCGAGCGGAUCGGGAAGGAUCCCCCCGGAUCCUCCCCCCCCGGUGUCCGAGACCGGUGUUCCAGCCCCCCGCCCCGACCUGGAGAAGCAGGCCCGGGCCUUCUUCCGGCUGGCCAGGGUGGGCGACCGCAGGGAGACAAAGGGAACAAGCAGGGCCAAGAACCGCGGUCUGUUUUCCGGCCCAAAGGCGUCCGGCAAGCGGGUCUACCCCAACGUCUUUUCGGGCUCCGAAGCGAUCGAUUCCAUGGUGGAGACCGGCCUCUCCCCGGACCGGGACCACGCGGUCCGCCUGGGAAACGAGCUGGCCACCUCCCUCGCCCUCUUUCUGGGCGCCAACGCCAGGGGCCUCCUCCCGGUCGACCAAGCCGGGAGCAAGGGAAGCCCGGCGGAGGCCACCCGGCUGCUGCUGCUGGGCGGCGACGGGAGCGGCGGGGGAGACCUUCCGCCGCCGCCCAACACGCUCUUUGUCGACGACGCCGACGCCUUUUACCGCUUCGGCCCGGGCAUCCUGGGGCUCCUCGACGACCUCGACGAGUUCGACGAGAGCCAGGGGGAGACCGAGCGCGGGGUCGAUCGCGAUCCCGGAUCCCCCCACAAGCGAUCGGGCAACGCCACCGAGGAAAAGAGCUCUGGCGGCAGCCACAGCAGCGACGACCGCAAACCGAAAAAGAAAAAGAAGAGGUCCAGCACCAGCACCAGCACGAGUGCCAGCACCACCACCAGCAGCACGACUAGCACUACCAGAGGCAGCAGCAAAAAGGACAAGAAGAAAAAGAACCAGGCCACAACAGAUGUUGCCGCUGCCGGCCCCUUGCCCCGAACCCCCACCCGGAGCAGCAAGGGGACCGCCGUCCUGGAGGAUUUGUUUGCUCCCCACAGCCCGUGCUUUGCCGCGGCGACCUCGAAAAAGAAGAAAGCAAGGAGCGGUUCCGAAAAGAAGAAAUCCGGGGCGAGCGGCGCGAGAGCCACCGCCGACGAUAUCCCAAAGCCGACAACGGCAGCGACGCCUCCGACGCACAACAACACGGGAGUCCUGCUCUCGAUGUCCCCGUACUGGUCCAAGGACAAGAGCAUCGACCCCGACCCGAGCGACACGCCUCCGGCUCCCUCUCUCGACCACGGCACCACGAGCAAGAUGAAACCCACCAAGAGCGGAAAGAAGCGUGGCGGCAAGAAGAGCGGCAGCAAGAAGGACAAGAACCCCAAGAAACGCAGCGGGUCGUCCUCCAAGCGAACAAUGGUUUCUACCAAGGAGCGUAUGGUGGCAUCGAUCCAGAAACGCCUGGUUCUGACCCAUCCGAGGGAGUGCGUCGCCCUGCACGGGAGGCUCCUAUACGAAGUAGAGACCACCGUGUCCAGGGUGUACACGGGAGACCACGAGGUAGUCCAGUCCGUGUCCACCGGCAGUGGCAGCAGCCAUUGCGACAGCGAGGACGGUGCCGACAAAAUCAGGGGGGAUGCGUCGGUGGGCACCGCCCCCGAUUCCCUGGACGACAUCAUCGCCAGCAGCGCUCGCCUGCCAACAGAGGGGGACGACAACGCCUCCGCGUGGACCGAGUUCAUCAUGGGAACCAAGGGCGCCGCGGAAGCCAACGAGAAAGCCAAACAAAGGAGGGAAGCCGCCCUGCCGCAACUCGGAGAACACUCGGAGCCCACCACCCGCCACAAGUCGCCCAAGAAGGCAAAGAAAAAGAAGGCCGGGGCAGCCGCUCCGAUCACGGAAGAGGUGGACGAGAACGAGGUGCUUCUUCUGGAUUCCUGCGAUCCAGAAAUUGGAACGCCGAGGCCCUCCCCGAGCCCGAGAUCGAGCAAGAGGAACAAGGCAGCCAGGACCAGGGCCAGGAAAUUCCCGGCGAUUCCAUUCGUAGCCGUGGAGGACGAAGCGGCACUGGAACGAGAGCAGCAACCAAAGACGACGGCUCGCGCAUGGAAGGGACCUUCUCCCCUCACGGAGGUGGCAGAGGCAGAGACGAUCUCCGAGCCGGAAGAGACACCUGCCGCUGUAAAAACCGCAGAGACCCCAAAAAAGAGCAAGAAAAAGAAAAAUAAAAUGAAGGCAAAGGCCAGGGACAACGGAGAAACGAAGAAAGAAACCCCCACCACCUGGCUGUCACCUCCUCCCCUCGGUGGAGAAAGUUCCGAAGAAGAGACGAACUCCGGCAGCGACGAAAUCGAUCUCUCCGACUGGGCGAUGGGCAUUCGCAAGAACGAAACCGAAUCGAAGCCCUAUCUCGACGACGACGACGAGAGCACCAGCUAUCGCAGUGGCCUCGAAAAAUACACCGCGGCGAGCAUCCGCAGAAACACCCACUCGGGAGCAGCCGCUGGCGAACCCCUCGAUGCUUCGGACGAUAUUUCUGCCAUCCUAGAACAAGAGCAGGAGUGGGAGCACCAGUGCCUGCAGCUCCGCAGCCCGGAAAUUUCUUCCCGCGGAACCAAGCCUCCUUCCGGAAGCUUCAAGAGCACCGCCUCCAGUUUGGAGAGCUUCCGAUCCGGCGCCACUAUGGAUUCGAAUGAGCUAGCAAGACUUCGGAUGGUAAGUGGCGAUAGAACUUCUCCCAUAAAGAGUUCGAGUCUGCUUGGUGACGACAUAGCCGAGGAAGACGAGGAGGACGAGGAACUCGUUGUCUACAGAGAGCACUAUAUCCGAGACGACUACGAUGCAGCGGAACGAGACCGUGGAGAAAAGAACGAAGACACGGAAAACGCAGAUCGCGACGGAAGCACUGCCCCCGAGUCACCUCCGAACCCGCUUCCGCCGGCAAGCUGUCACAGCAACACUAGCAGCAGCGGUCACGCCGAAAAUGGCAGCUCUAGUGCCGGCAGCAGCGGCAGCAGUGGAAUCAUGGAAGCCAUCGAGGCGGACCGAUUUUUCAAACUCGCACAAAAAUGCGUGAAUGGCAUCCGAUCGAUGAUGCCGCCAAAACGGAAKGUGAUCGAAUCGACAAUUCCCAACCACCAAAGCGAACCGGCACAACACGAUUCAAARCCAUCCCUCCCUGUGGUUAGCAAUAUCAGAGCCGACAAUGAUGUYGAUCCUGCCGACCUCCAGGUAGCAAGUUACUGCGAAAGCUUCAGCGACAGCUUCGACGAGAGUUGCAACGACUUCGAAGACGACGAGGACGACGAGAGUUUUAUGGAGCUCACCGUUGGAGAAGAGGGGAGCUUGUGCGACGAGGUGCCAGGCGCAGAAGCAGWCGAAGUGGUUYUCGAAGACGAAGAACAGACCUACUACGAAGAAGUCACGGUCAUUUCGGAAAAGGAYCCAUCGCUCAAGCACCCGAGUUGUACCCGGGCCACACCCGACGAAGGCUUCGAAGCUGCGACACCACCGAGACGCCGGCUGUCCAGGAUUCAAUCCGCCAAGUAYCUGCCCCCCGUACCCGAGAUGGGGCCCGAGCCRGAAACGGAAUCGGAGCCCGUGCCGAAGCUCCCGGAGCGCAAAACUUCGGUGUACGUCGAGGUGCACUCCAUGCCGGACGACGACGAUAUGACCCAGAUCACCAUGGACGACUAUUGCUUUUUUAAUGCGAGCAYGAGCUCCAGAAGUUUGGAUAUUGUUCCGGAAGACGACUACACCAUCAACAACGGCUCCUACCGUUUCAACAGCUACUUGUACCCAUUGGAAGAAGAACAGGAGGUCGAUCAGGAAUGCGAUACCAACAACGGUUCGGGUCAAACCAYAGAYCUCUCACCGGUUGUGCCAUCAAAUCACACGGUGAGUCSGAUAAGCUUAUUCUCUGAGCAGCAGCAAAAGCUACGCAAGAAACGKAUGUCGUGUUCUUCUGSUUCUUCUCAGGAUAACGGCGUGCGUGACGCGGAAGCCUCGCGCCAYCAAAUCGAUAAGAUCUUGUGGGAAGAUUUGUUGCACGACGAUGCAGCUGUAGUACUGGAAGCCUUGGAAGUUCUAAAAAACCUUGUGGCAAUGGGGGGCCAGGGUCGUUCUUAUAUGUUGAGACACGGCGGAGUGAUGGUAAUCAUUGAAGCGAUGGAGAAACAAGUCGAAUCAGAAGCCGCUCAGUGUCUAUGUUGUGGCAUUUUGGAGCAGCUAGCAUCUCUAGACAACGAAAUAAGCUUAACCAUUUUUGAACGAAAUGGCAUUUCCUUCGUCGAGAAAUCGCUUGAGAAACAUCAAGGUAGUAACCAAUUGAAGGAGACUUGUGAAGCUCUUUUACCGCUGUUAUCGCGUCAUCAAUGAAAAGUGACGACAAUUAUUCGCUGUAUUGAUGCUACUCGUAGCGUUAAAGAAUAGACCGUUUGUAUCUCACAAGCACAUGAGAACUGCUAUAUACACCUUCGAGAGCACUAUAAAAAUAUUGUUAAUAGUAAAACAUAUACUUCUAC